GCGGUCUGCGCGGUGGCCUGCGACCGCCUGCAGCCUCCGCGGCGGGCUCGCGCCCGGGAGCCUCGGGCCGCGCACCGGGCGCCCCCGUGCCACGCUCGCACCCCUCCCCCGCGCCGGGGGCGGCGGUGUGUCCGGCGGGGGGCUGUGGGGCGAGGCGCAGGGCUGGAGCGCCAUGAGCAGCCCGGAUGCGGGGUACGCCAGUGACGACCCGAGCCAGCCCCGCAGCGCGCUGCCCGCGGUGAUGGCCGGGCUGGGCCCCUGUCCCUGGGCCGAGUCGCUGAGCCCCCUCGGGGACAUGAAGGUGAAGGGCGAGGCGGCGGCGAGCGGCGGGGCGCCGGCCGGGGCGGCGGGCCGCGCCAAGGGCGAGUCUCGCAUCCGGCGGCCGAUGAACGCCUUCAUGGUGUGGGCGAAAGACGAGCGCAAGCGCCUGGCGCAGCAGAACCCCGACCUGCACAACGCCGAGCUGAGCAAGAUGCUGGGCAAGUCGUGGAAGGCGCUGACCCUGGCCGAGAAGCGGCCCUUCGUGGAGGAGGCCGAGCGGCUGCGCGUGCAGCACAUGCAGGACCACCCCAACUACAAGUACCGGCCCCGGCGGCGCAAGCAGGUGAAGCGGCUGAAGCGGGUGGAGGGCGGCUUCCUGCACGGCCUCGCCGACACGCCGGCGGCCGCGCUGGGCCCCGAGGGCGGCCGCGUGGCCGUGGACGGCCUGGGCCUGCCCUUCCCCGAGCAGGGCUUCCCCGCCGGGCCGCCGCUGCUGCCCCCGCACAUGGGCGGCCACUACCGCGACUGCCAGGGACUGGGCGCGCCCCCGCUCGACGGCUACCCGCUGCCCACGCCGGACACGUCCCCGCUGGACGGCGUGGAGCCCGACCCGGCCUUCUUCGCCGCGCCGCUGCCCGGGGACUGUCCGGCCGCCGGCCCCUACAGCUACGCGCAGGCCGCGGACUACGCGGGGCCCCCCGAGCCGCCCGUGGGCCCCGUGCACUCGCGGCUCGGCCUGGAGCCGGCGGGCCCCGCCGGGCCGGGCCCCGUGGCGCCCCCCAGCGCCCUGCAGCUGUACUACAACGCGAUCGGCGCGCCGGCGGCGGGGGGCGCGCGCGGCUUCCCGCUGCAGCCCCAGCCGCACCCCGCCGGCCCCGGGCAGCCGUCGCCCCCUCCCGAGGCGCUGCCCUGCCGCGACGGCGCGGACCCCGGCCACCCCGCCGAGCUCCUCGGGGACGUGGACCGCACGGAAUUUGAACAGUAUCUACACUUUGUGUGCAAGCCCGAGAUGGGCCUCCCCUACCAGGGACACGACCCCGGUGUGACCCUCCCAGACGGCCACGGGGCCAUCUCCUCGGUGGUUUCCGACGCCAGCUCCGCGGUCUAUUACUGCAACUACCCGGACGUGUGACGGUCCCCGGUGCGACCCAGCCUGCAGGCCAGCAGCACAGUGUUACACACACUUCCCGGAGGAGCGAAGGAAAUCCUCGGCCUCACGUUGUUGUGUUUUGUUUUUUAAGUUGCCUAGGCAUAUAAUUUAUGGUAAUUUAUUUUGUUUGCCACUUGAACCGUUGGGGGGGGGGGGGAGAAAAACGGUGAGGUUUGUUUUCAGAUGUGUUCAGAUACGCGCUUCCCACAGUCGCCUCGUCGAAGCCCGGUUGCCUGGUUCCAGCCGACCAGUUUUGAAUACGUCCCCGAGUCACUUGCUCCGUUUUCUGAGAAGUUAUUGAUCAAAACCACUUUUGUCUUGGGUGUGUUUUUCAAUCUUUAAAAAAAAAAAUAAAAUCUGGAAUCUUUUUUUUCA